UUCAGGCGAGACUACUGCCGCCCAUUCAAAGCAUCACUUGCUUUCGAUUCAGACGGCUUUUAAUAGGAAAGAAGACUUUAUAAAGCCAAGUUGUUCCUUCAGGUGUUUUCAAAUAUGGCUCAACUCAUCUCGCUUAUACUAGUUACAGUGCAAUUAUUCAUGGUGAUGACUAGUUCGUGGGCUCAAGUUCCAAAGCCUACAACAUUUAUCCCGACACUUUAUGUAACGAGUGAAGUUGAGGCUCAAAAACCUAACCAUGCUGUCACCUACCAAGCAAACAUAUGUAACACAACUAUCUUCAAAGAUAUGAUGAUGAUCACUCGGGUUAACAUGCCAAUUGGAUGGGACCCAAACAUUGGAAGGACGGCAAAAAUACAGGUUUGUUCCAACGCAAAUUGCGACAAACCUCUAUGCACAAAUUUUCCUGGUGGAACGUUCAGUGGCCAGCACAAUUGUACAAUCCCUUACAACACAACAUUGAAAGCCGUGUUUGUCACUGUAACUGCUGGUAACGCUCCAUACAUUUCCUGGACUGUUGCUGUGGAAUUUAUCCCCAAAUAUCAGUACGUUGAAAAGCCAAACAGGGAUGCAUUUUAUUACGAUUUGUUACGGUUUCCUGAGCCGAUAGCAAUAAAUAAGGUGGCAGAUGUAAAAAUUCUGCAACAGAUCGUCCCCCCUGGAUAUAAAUUUUCUGUACAAACAUCGGACAGGAGAGACUUCAGAAUGGCUUUUUGUCCUGACGAAGGAACAACUGAGAGAUACGAUGUAAGUUUAGUGGUCACAGCCCUCGACUCGAUUUCAGCAAUGUCGACUUAUGCUUGCUUGCCUCCUGUUGAUCCCACGGUUGGUUGCACACCGGACAAGGCGGCUCAAUCCGAUCCCCGCGGUAUUGCCAUCAAUACUCUUACAAUUUCUACCGGGAGCGGUGGAAUAAAAGAUCUCUAUAUUGCUGUGGUUGGCUAUGGAGACGGGGAGCAGACAAACCACUUCCUUAUUGGAGCAACAGUUAAAAAACUUUGAUUAAUUCCAAUAUUUCCUUAAUUAUGACCAAUUUUUGUUGUUCAAUGAUUUUGUACGAUUUGUUUCGACAUGUGAUUCUUUAAUUUCUUAUAGUGAUAGUAUUAACUGAGAUUUAUUACGAUGAACGUUUAUCGAAAUAUUUUGUAGACAAAAUGCUUCAAAAUAACUAUAAUCCUAUAUGAUAUAAAGCUUAGGAAUGAUAAAAUACACUUUGAUUCAUGCAUAGUUAGUUGAUUUUGUGGGUUAUGCUAAGAACGAUCGUUCUACUGAUCGGCGAAUAGGGUGCGCUAUCCACUGAGAUUCGACAUAUACAAGAUGUCCCAAAAACCAAAACUAUUGAAAAUUUGAACUCCCAGUAUUGUCAACGGCAAGUGUUCUUAUAUCACCGCCUGGUGGAAACCAUGGGCAAAAAAACGCGUAAUAGCAUAGGCAGCCUAGAAAUCUGUUUAUACUCAGUCUUCGACUGCAUUGUUUACGCGCGCGGUCAGCUUCUACUGUCUGUACUAAUUACUGCAUUAUACAU